AUGGAUCCACGGGGUAAUCCAGUUGUUGACCCAUCAAAGGUGGAUUUUGAAGCUGUAACAAAUUUGCUUCCAAGUCAGGGUACUUUCAACACAAGAAGGUUAUCUGAGAAAGAAUAUUUGCCGGAUUUGGAGAACAAAAUCAAAGAAAUUUGUGAAGCAAAUCUACCAAAGGUGGUAAACAAGAAGAAGAAGAAAAUAAAAGAAGAAGAGUUGAAAAAGAUGGUUGAAGAAGUUAAGAUCACAGCAAAGCUUGCUGCUGAAGAAGAGCAGAAGAUAGAAGAAGAACAGAAAGAAGAAGAGGAGGAGAACAAAGAGGAAGAUCGGAUAGGUGAGACAGAAGAAUCAUUGGUGCUGAAAAAGACUGAGAUAAAUGAUUCUUGA